UUUAGUUACAUCUACAACAGCGGAGAGAAGUAAGCAAAGCAAAAAUCCCAAAUUCAUAGAAAUAGAGGAAGGAAGAAAAGAGUGAAAGUGGAGGGGGUGAUAGAUACAGAGAGGAGACGGAGGUAUGGGUGUGGACUACUACAAGAUUCUACAGGUGGACCGCUCCGCCAAAGACGACGACCUCAAGAAAGCCUACCGCAAACUCGCCAUGAAAUGGCACCCCGACAAAAACCCUAACAACAAGAAAGAAGCCGAAGCCAAAUUCAAACAAAUCUCCGAGGCCUAUGAUGUAUUAAGUGAUCCACAAAAGAGGGCGGUUUAUGAUCAGUUCGGCGAGGAAGGUUUGAAGGGGCAGGUGCCGCCUCCCGGUGCCGGAGGAUUUUCUGGUGGUAGGGAUGGAGGUGGGCCCACCACAUUCCGGUUUAAUCCGCGCAGCGCCGACGACAUAUUUUCAGAAUUCUUUGGGUUUACGAGUCCGUUUGGAGGAAUGGGGGAUAUCGGUGGCGGGCAGAGGGCGAGCGCGUCGGGUUUUUCAAGGGGUAUGUUCGGGGAUGAUAUAUUCGCCUCGUUCAGGAAUGCGGCUGCCGGUGCGGAAGGGGGUCCGACUGGUGUACCAAGGAAGGCGGCUGCGAUUGAACGCAUGUUGCCUUGUAGUUUGGAGGAUUUGUAUAAGGGGACUACUAAGAAGAUGAAGAUUUCUCGGGAUGUUACUGAUGCCAGUGGGAGACCCACUACUAUGGAGGAAAUUCUUACAAUCGAAAUUAAGCCUGGGUGGAAGAAGGGAACAAAAAUAACUUUUCCAGAGAAGGGAAAUGAACAACGGGGUGUCAUACCCUCUGAUCUAGUCUUCAUUAUCGAUGAAAAGCCUCAUAGUGUUUUCAAAAGGGAUGGCAACGAUCUAAUUGCCACCCAGAAGAUUUCUCUGGUUGAAGCUCUGACUGGCUAUACCGCACAAGUGACCACACUUGAUGGUCGGAAUCUAACAAUACCUAUCAACAAUGUUGUUGGUCCCACCUAUGAAGAAGUUGUUAAAGGAGAAGGGAUGCCCGUCCCCAAGGAACCUGGCAAAAAGGGGAACUUACGGAUCAAGUUCAACAUUAAGUUCCCUAGCAGGCUAACUUCAGAGCAGAAAACUGGCAUUAAGCGAUUAUUAACGUCUUCAUGAAAAGUUGUGGUGGAGUACCAUACUCUUGUUAAAGAAGUCAAAAUUUGAAGUCCACGAGCUAGAUUCUGUUGUGUUGUGACUUCCUUUUGAUACCAGGACAUAUAUUAGUUGAGUGGACCUCACAUUGUCUCUGGAGUUAUGCCUAUGCCUAUGGUUUCUGCUGGCAGCAGGCAAGAAAACAUGUCUUGUUUGGUUACUGGUAAGAAGCACAGAAGAUGAAUGAGAAGGACAGGACACAAUUAAAGGAUGAAGAUAGAAAGUUGGUGUUGAAGAUGAUGUCCUAGUGGGAACUACUAAUUCUGGAGGGUUUAUUUGUUCAAGGGUAGCUUUCACUCAGUUUGUGGUAGUUGACAGGGACAAUAGUUGGGGAGUUAUAGCUUUCAUGGAGCUGCAGAUAAAACUCUCAUCUCUCUAAAACUGGGAAUUACACAGUACCCAAACUCAUUUUGGUGUCUCACUUACUUAACCCAAGUUUAUAGAUAUUCAAUUCAGCUUGCAAAUGUUGUAAUAUAAGAUCCAACCAAGUCCAUGACCUGGGCAAGUAACAGCAUAGGUUGAUUGGAAUCUACAAUAUGAAUCCAGCAGC